GGUGGCUGGUGGUUUUUCUUUUCUCGGUCGCGGUUUGUACAAACGCAUUUUCAUCGUUUUUUAUUAUUUUGUUCCGUAUCCAGCGUGUAGCGUAUAGUUUUCGGAAAGCAAAAUUGAGGGCUUCUUCGCGCAAUGUGAAAAAUCAGGUGUUCGAAGAAAAAAGUAAGGACCCGCAUAGUGAAAACGAGUUCAAAAGGAAAAUUUUCGAUGGGGCACUUUGUUCAUCAAAAAAAGGAGGUUCAAUUGAAGACAAUGUUGGAAGAAAUGUAGCAGAAUUUUGCGUGCGAGUGAAUGAAACGGAAAUAUUUGUGUCGAGUUUUGCUGUCAAAAAAAGAACAUCAUCGCACACUCGGUGGUCUCGCGUUUGCCAAAAGAAGGAAAAUUCCGGACGAUUUUUUCUUUUUUUCGAUCUCAUAGCGAGGUGAUCCGCGAAUUGUCGGAAUAAAAUCGUAAAAUUGCGAUUUUGAGUGGUUUUAUUUUUGUUUGCUUUUUAGUUUGACUAUUACUGGUCUGGAGUGGAAGUUGGAUUGCAUAAGUGAAAGCGGAAGAAACUGGUGAGAGAAUUUUUUUUCGGUGAAUAUACGUGCUUCCUGUUUGCUGAGUUUUUGUGGUGUUCGGAAUCCUGAGGGCGCAGCGCACACGUCGAAACAGCAGAAAUUGAGGAACUCGGUGCGGAAGGCAAAAGAUGAACGCAAAAUCUGACACCAAUCGGCAUGUACUAACAAUUCAGGCGAAAAAGAAGCGUCAUAAGACAGCGAAGAGGAAGGCUAAACAACAGGCACAGCAGGCAGCAGCACAAGCCGCAGCGGCAGCUCACCAGCAACAGGGCCAGGUGUCAUCUCCCGAUAAUGAGAUGAAUCCGGUUCCGGCGAAUGACAAUCAGCAGUAUUCGAGCUUUACAAGUAGCAACAAAAAGAAUAGUAGCUCCAACGAAUCGAUUGACGAACGUGAUGAGGACCGAUUACUGGACGAUGCCGGUGGGUACAGCAGUGACGAGCGAGAAGGUGAACAGGAGUGUCGUGAAGAUUAUUGCCGUGGAGGGUAUCAUCCCGUCAAACUGGGCGAUUUAUUCCUGCAGCGGUAUCACGUCAUUAGGAAACUCGGGUGGGGUCACUUUUCGACCGUCUGGCUUAGCUGGGAUUUAGAAGAAAAGCGUUACGUAGCAUUGAAGAUUGUUAAAUCAGCGCAGCAUUUUACCGAUACGGCCAAGGAUGAGAUACAGAUAUUGAAAUCGAUACGGAACGCUGAUCCGGAAGAUCCAAAGCGGAACAAAACUGUCCAGCUGUUGAAUGACUUCCGAAUAACCGGUGUCAAUGGUACCCACAUCUGUAUGGUUUUUGAAGUUCUGGGUCACAAUUUGUUAAAACUAAUUCUGAAAAGCAACUAUCGUGGAAUUCCAUUGUCUAACGUGAAAUCCAUUAUUCGGCAAGUGCUGGAAGGGUUGGACUAUUUGCACUCGAAAUGUAAGGUGAUACACACAGAUAUCAAGCCGGAAAAUGUGCUGCUGUGUGUGGACGAGAGCUACAUACGAAAAUUGGCCUGCGAAGCAACGGAAAUGCAUACGAUGGGUUGCCGCUUGCCGUACUCCUUGAUUUCAGCUGCUCCGCCGCAGUUCCAGGAGCAACCGCUCAGUCAGAAUAUGAGUAAAACCAAGAAGAAGCGUUUGAAGAGGAAAGCGAAAAUGCAGACGGAGUUGAUACGACAGCAAAUGGAGCAUAUUCAGCAGCAGGAAUUUGGCACCACGACUGCACUGGAAAACGGUGAAACCGAGUUGAUAUCAGCUAAGGACAUGGACCAAGAACAUCACGAUUGCGAAUCUCCCAUUGCCUCUCCGGAAACGCCACGGUUAUUCAACGGUGACCGUUCCGGUAGCCCGACCGGAUCUUCCGGUGACGAGGAUGAAACCCCUGCCAAAUCUGCAGCCUCAGCAACAGCAGUAAAAUCGUCCGCUACUUCCCCCAAUUCGUCCAGUCCGGAUCAGUCGACUUCCAACAACAACGACGAUUCAGUGCUGAAAAAAGCUUCAUCAUCCUCCCUGCCAACUGCCUCAUCGUCACAGGCAAUCGGGUCUGAGAGUAAACUGGACAUCAGCGAGUCGAUGCGGAAGAUCCUUUCCAGGGUAAAAGAGCGCAAAGAUCCGGCAUUUGAGGUGUGUGAUGUGGAAGUCAAAAUCGCCGACUUGGGAAAUGCAUGCUGGGUGGACAAACAUUUCACCGAGGACAUCCAAACACGCCAGUAUCGUUCGUUGGAGGUUAUCAUCGGUUCCGGCUACAACACGUCGGCCGACAUCUGGAGCACAGCCUGUAUGGCAUUCGAGAUGGCCACCGGGGACUAUCUGUUCGAGCCGCACUCGGGAGACAAUUACUGUCGGGAUGAUGACCACAUUGCCCAUAUCAUCGAACUGCUGGGACCAAUACCGAAGCGGAUCGCCCUGUCCGGUCGGAUGUCCAACCAUGCGUUUAACUCGAAGGGCGAACUACGGAAUAUUUCCGGUCUAAAACCGUGGGGUCUGGUCGAUGUGCUGCGCGAAAAAUACGAAUGGAGCUUGGAGGAUGCGAUUGAGUUCAGUGAUUUCCUUAGCCCCAUGUUGAAUUACGAUCCGAAAUCGAGGGCUACGGCAGCCGAGUGUCUGAAGCACUCCUGGUUAAAGCAUUGAGUUGUUCGCGAAAAUGCUUUGGAAUUCCGGCUAACUAGUUUUGUGUUGCGAGUGUUGCGAGUGUAUGUGUGAAUCAUAGCGGAAAAUUGUUAAACGAUUGCAAUUGCUGAAAAAGGAAAAAUGUAAAAUGAGCCAGAAGAAAAUUUCUAAUAGUGACAAAAGAGCCAUAAAUGAUAUUGCAAGUACUGGACAAACCGAAAGGAUACACAUGCAAAAGUGAACGAAGUGGAUUGCGGUAGGAGAAAAGGAUAGGAGCAGCGAGCGAGGACGUACUGCGGAUGAGGAGAUACAGUAGACGAACGGAAUAUCUGCAAAAUACACCCACUGUUGCAACAAAGCGCCCAAGCCUGCAGGAAACAAAACAGAAUACACCAUAUUGACAAAAAUUAGUAGCUAUAAAAAAUAACGGCAAAAUUUUCAACUAAACAAAAUUCAGAAUACAGACAGAUGAUAAUAAAAGGAAGGUAAAAUCACCAAACUGAAUAAAAAAACUAGACAUUUUAUAUCGAUUAUAUCGCAAGGAAUAGAAAAGGAAUCAUUGAUGAUAGACACAAAGAGAGAAUUCCGGUUAGUACUUUUACUGCUAUUACAGUGGACGAAAUUAGUUCGGAUGGUUGAAUCUAUACGACUUUGUGCUACUUUCAUGACUGUAAUCGUGGAGUGAAAUUCCAGCCCACCUCCAUCAGAAGGAAUAUGUCAUCCUGUUCCGAUAGUUAAAAGGCCUAGAGCUGGUCGGAUGGAAAAGAAGCUCUUGCUAGCGGCCGUAGUUCCGGCUGUCCGGGGUAACUUGUUUUCCUGAUCGUAGUUUUCUUGUGGCUCCUAGAGAAAGGAAAAGCAGGCGAACGUGCAGUACUUUAUUUGUGGGGAGAGGUUCGCUUCUCGCAGGGAAAUGCCAAGGGAUCUGAGACGUUGAAAUGUCAUUAUCAAACAAAGUAACAAUAACUUCAGUAAGUUAUAGUAGAUAGCUGGAUGAGACGAUUAAAGUUAGAGUUAGAGGAAAUUGUGAGGACAAAAAAAACUGUGUAACCAUACUGUUAAUAGACAACAUAAUAAGAUAGAAGGCGUGUAAACUAUGUCACACACAGGCACUUUUUAAAGGAUUAAAAUUACUAGAAGGGAAUCAGCAAGCAUUAGUAGCAUAACAUUACAUUCGUACAUAGAGCAAAAUAUACACCUUCGUACCCAUUUACUCAUUCGAUACAUUGAAAAACCAAAUACAUACGCACGAAUAGAAGGAAAUAGUCACAAGAAACGCAAACGUUGCUUACUUUAUGGCACGGUGUCAAUAGCGGUAGAUUUUUUCGUGAUCCAAUUGUAUUUCGUGCGACAAGAUAAGAUAUUUUGCAGUCGAAAAUUGUGCUGUUUUUUAAGUUAACUAGAUUGUCUCGGAAAGCUACGAAUGACUGCUGACUUCUUACAUCGCCUGUCGCUGUAGUAUUCCUACAAUACCGUAAAGGUCCGUUGCUUUAAAUCUCGAGUGUCGCGUUGCUUUAAUUGAGGCAUUGUGUGCAUUGUUAGUCAAAAUGUUUACCGUAUAGAUUUUCACAACAUGUGCAUCCACUAAAGCCUAUACCUUUAACGUAGAUGCGUUGCUGUGGCAAUGAAUAUGAUUUAAGACAAGGUUUCUACCAUGAUUCCAUUUCGAACCAGGUAAGUGGGAGUUUUUGAGAGGCAAUUUUCAUGAUCCAUAAUAGACUCUUCGGAAGGCCAUAUUCUUCUUUUAAUCUUUGUUGAGGAUCAGGUGAUUGGAUUCAGUCUCAAAUAAAUUAAUUGUCGAUGCUUUCGGUUACUCUUAAAUGUCAAUUUACUCUUAAAUGUAAUCGAAUUGGCUAUUGAUUGCAAGAGCUAACAUAAGUACAUAACUUCUUUUGAGCUUUCGAGAACCAUUUUCCAAAUAAGAUAAUUUUGUUCACUAAAACUGUAUUGACAAUCUUGUGUCCAAAUUGGUAGAUACAGAUAGCUGAAAAAAAAACGAUAAAACAUAUCCAUAAUGACAGGGCUUGAAUGUGCAACUUUCUUUUCAAUUUGUGAAAAUGCUCCGACCUUGAGCUACUUAAAGCAAUUCAAUGAAACAACGCGUACCGUACAUGUAAGCUGUGUGCGCUCGAGUAUAGUUCUAAUUAUAUUACUUACUGCUGACUGAUCUUCUAUUUACAAAUUACACUUUCAGAAGACAGAAUAAUUCUUUAUUAUCCUUACCCAACACCGACUUACUGACUAGCUGACGUAAGGUUUUGCCACGCAGCCUGCCUGGGUCCAAUUUCUAACCUCGACCACUAAAUCAGUUUUUUGUUGUUGUCUCGAGAGGCAAAUGAUCGCAAGGCACAACUCUACAAACAACCAGGGGUACGUACCACUCGAGCCAAUUUGCUCUGAUUGCAAUUGUCAUCGACCUUCUACUACUGAGGUUGCAAUUUUUCAGCUACCAAAGGUAUGUUAAUUCUUCAACUUACUUCAUUGUUGAAUUUGUCAUAAUAUUCUUUUUAUGCCUUAGUUUAAUUCUAAAAUUUGAGACUACAAUUUUUAUAUGAGAACCUUUUUUCAUCUAUCUGGCAAUUUGUGAAGUCAAACGAUUCUUUUUAUUUUUUUAUUUAAAAGAUAUUUUAUUCAGGCCUAUUUGCGUACAAGCUUUACGUGGCCGAUUUAGCUGAGUUUUCAGAUAAUUUUUUUUGUAUUGGAUCUCGUUGUCACCCUUUUUCUAGGGGGAGAGGAGCUUCCAUUUUCCUCCUGCGAGGGGGCAGUUUGUUCGUGGUUCGUCUCGUCAUCCGUUGCCGUGGUAUUGUUGUUGAUUUCGUUGCUAGUUGCUGUAGAUGCGCCUUGUUGUACAUUGUUUGCAGUUGCUGGUUGGUUAGAUGGUAAGCUGUUAAUUGCAGCUAGUGUACUUUGUUCUAUAGGUGAUACGUUGGAUGGUUUCGUUGAAGGGGAUGCUUCACUGUUGUUGGUGACUGUCACAGGUGUACUGGGGUUGCUUGGGGUUGGUGUGAAGGAAGCACCGUUGUCCUUUGGUGUAGUUGUCUCCUUGUUCAGUUUAUCACUUGGCUUUCCGUAGUUAACAGCUUUUUGUAAAUAUUGACAUGUAGUCAUCUGAUUGUCAUAGGUAACAAGUGAUUUGCACGGGAUUCUUGUAUUCUGACCGAAAGUCACAUAAGAAGGUAUAGGCCUCCUCAAGCGCAUGCGUAACAAACGUACGCCAUUUAGAAUACCGGGGAAAAAAUUCUUCCAUUUUUCUUUUUCGAUAGAGAGAAUCUCUCCGUAUUGGGACAUGGUUUUGCGAAUAUAAGGAUCGAUGACGCUUGAGGGAAGAUCAUGCACACGCAUUUCUAUAGCACUAUCUUCCAUAUAUACUGGAAUGUUGUAUUUGAUAUUUCCAUGCUCCACAUAGUGCACAUUAUUAUUGUCUUUAACGAAUUGAAUUGCAUCCAACUCUUUAUAGAACUGGAUAUAAACAACAUUAUUGGUCUUAUUGCAUUGAAGUAAAUGCACACGUUUAAUGUCAAAAUGCAUUUGCUCCUUAAGCAAACCUUCAAGUUCUCGUAUCGAAGGUCGAAUUUUGCACUGUCUGAAGUCAACAAUAAUUGUAUUCUUUCGCACCGGCGGUAGCUUUUGUUCGUUUGGUUCACUCAUUUCGAGAUCGUUCUAUUGUUCACUAUACAAUACUGUACUUGGUUUCUUCUGUCCCGAACGUAAGCGGUUUUGGUUUAUCGACUGACUUGGAUGAGAUGUGAAACCGAACUGUCAAACGAUUCUUGUCUUUUGAGUCUAAGAUUGUAUCGGAACCAAUGUUUAAAUCACUCGACUGAUGGGAAGCUUAUUCCGAUUGUUCUGCAAUGACCGUACGGGUAGUCAUUGGAUGGCACCAAUUCUAGAUCAUAAGGCGGUUGGGCGGAAUUUUCCAUCCACUUUUAGCCGAGUAGUUUUUAAUCGAAACCGCAAGAUAAAAAUUACGCAAUUGUGCCAACUCAAUUCGCAGACAAUUCUGAUCCCACUAAAUGCAGAUGAUGGCUAACGUUGAUAGCGACACUUACAAGUCAAUAUUUAAAAUUUUGACCACACUAUUGAUAGUGUGAUAGUAAAAGAUCGUGUGCAUUUGAAUGGGAUUAAUGUAUUGAUAAAGGAUUGACAAUAAUAUUGCCUCGUGUAAAGCCCGCUAAUAUUUCUCAUUACUGUCAUUAAGACAGACUCAAUGAUUCUGAUGCGUUUAUAUCCUGCUUACUCGUGUAUCAGGUUUUGCACGAACAAGCAUCGACAAAGAGGAAAGCGCACUUCUUCUCAGUGUCGAAUAGACAGCAUUUGAGUGUGUGCUUGUGGUUAAAGCAGCUGGCGCGAGUGAAACACAUUCUCUUCGCAUGAAUCGCUCUCACGCGCUCUCGUCUAAAUACACCCAAGUGACCACUGGCGCGUGAUGGUGAGCGAACACUUAUGUGAACUUCAAUUAAUAGAGAGUAGAUCUGGCCUUGCUAUGAAAAAUUUGCAAGGAAAACCGAAAAUUUAACGAUAAAUUGUUUUAUUUUGCUGAUUUUGCGUGCCCACGUUUCUUCUACGAAAACCAUACACUAGAGUGCUCACCGGCGUGAAAAUAUCUGCGUCCACGUCAGAGAAUUUGAGAGCUCUUCUCUAGCACUUUGGUACGAUUCAGUGCUAGAGGUAAAAGAAAAUAAACACGCGCACUCAUGAUGUGUACACAAUUUAUACAACAGUGGUGCAUAUAUGUAAAAGAGAAGAGCUCUCGUUGAAGUUGUCAGUGCGAGGGGAGAAAUUUUGCUUGCUCUUCGUUACACAGAGGAGAUGGACAUCUCUGAACAUGACAUAAACUCACAAAAAUGAACAAAAUGAAUCAAUUUUGACACCUAUCAGUGAACGAUUUGUUUUAGUCUUUGUUAAGACGUAGAGCCGUUUUGAGCUAGUUUUAAUAUGAUCAGUAUCUAACGGGGAAACAGAUUGGAAAACCGACAUGUGAACACAAUGAUAUAAUGAAAACCGCGAAAUUGUUACCGCAGAGACGGGACUCGAACCCGUAGCUAACUCCUAACCGGGGAAAUUGUUUUACCAAUUAAACUACCCUGCAUAUGAAAACACAUGAAGAGAAAGUCCAAUUUUCGCGGUUUUCAUUAUAUCAUUGUGUUCACAUGUCGGUUUUCCAAUCUGUUUCCCCGUUAGAUACUGAUCAUAUUAAAACUAGCUCAAGACGGCUCUACGUCUUAACAAAGACUAAAACAAAUCGUUGAAGGUCAAUAAAAGGUUUGUCUACCUUUACCAUUGUGUUUGAGAUCACACAAUCGUCACUGCUGCUACCACACACUAGUGUAGAUCCAUAAAAUCGAUGGAUCUAUCGUGUGUUACCUCGUAAAUAGCGAAAUAGACAAAAACAAAAGUCUCGAAUCAGUAUCGUGCGGCAAGAACAGAUGGGUAGAAAUAGACUCGUGAUCAUUGUAUGUGUUUCUGUUGAAUUUGUUUCAGUCGAUACGGGACUGUAAGUGAAUAUCGUGGUGGCUAAGUAGAGUAGAGUAGAGUCCAAUCAAUUGGACUUUCUCUUCAUGUCUUUUCAUAUGCAGGGUAGUUUAAUUGGUAAAACAAUUUCCCCGGUUAGGAGUUAGCUACGGGUUCAAGUCCCGUCUCUGCGGUAACAUUUUCGCGGUUUUAAUUAUAUCGUUGUGUUCACAUGCCGGUUUUUCAAUCUGUUUCCCCGUUAGAUGCUGAUCAUAUUAAAAGCUAUCAGUGGUUUGUUUAUGUGUUCAAUGAGGUUUCUAUGAACGGCGACCCCAGUGAAAAAUGGAUGGCCAAUACGUUUUCUGAUGAAAAGAGCGAUUCACACGUGGCAUCAGGCGACUUCUGCAUUUGUGGUUGGAAAUGAGCUGUCAGGAAGCCUAAUUCAGCUGUUUUUCAAAGAAGGGCGAAUCUAACAUUGACAGCAAAUGGAGAAAAACGUCUAUGAAUGUUUCGACUUUGGUUUCAAAUCCUAUUUAGAAAUUUUCGUGUAUUCUCAGAUCAAUUUUUGAUUAGACGAUGAACUGUUGGUUCAUCUUUAAAAGGCAUGCAAAUUUUACCACUUUCCUUCUAUAUCUACUGAAUAAAAGAAGUUUCGCCCUUUUUCGAUUUGUUUACUUUUAUGCUUCCUGUGUGAAUUUUGAAGUUACACCCUUGCGUAUUUUUUCGUGAAAUUGGUUGGUUUCCGCGACUAAGACAAAUCUGCGGGUAAUUUUAUCGUCUCAUUUACUAUUUCCAGUAGUAAAAGAUUCGGAAACCAUCUAAAACAAAGAAAAUAAAUAGUUUCGCCCUUCCUUACUAGCGGUUGAAGUAUCGCCCUGUUUGUUGGCAUGGAACACGGAGGGCGAAACUUACGUAAACAAAUGGGAUGACAGUUUCGCCCUUUAUAGUUCUUUGUAUUACAAAUAUUGAGAUUUUUGUAGAAUCCGAACUUUUAUGCAAAAUUGUAGGAUUUUGAAGCAUUUAUUGGUAGGUGAGAGAAACUCGAUUUGUUUAUUUUUGUAAGACUCGCCCAUCUUUGAAAAACAGCUGAAUUGCGUUUUACAAACAGUACUGCUGAACUGUCAAAAUGUGUUCAUUCGAUUGAGGGUUUGUUGACAUUUCCAAUAACACGUAUUCGAAUUAGAAUGAACAUGUAAUCAAACCACCGUAGGCUGUCGAAUGAUGUUCAUACAACGAAUUUUGUAAGGUUAUGUCAUGUUCGUGUAGAAUAUAUUUUGGCUUUUUACCGUCACUUCUAACCCUAAUUUAUCAUAUUCUCACAAGGCAACAUAAGGUUUAACAUAAGACAGACAUAAGAAAAAAUCCAUGGAGGCAGUACAGGUAAACUGUCAAAGAUGAACGUUUGUUCAUUUUAGACGUCACACUGAAAAUACUAACAACACGUAUUCGAAUUGGAAAAAUCAUGACGCCGUAAGCUGUCAAAUGAUAUUCAUUCUGCGAAUUUUCAGUAAAUUUCAUGAAAACUCUUAUUGAGUACACAACAUGAUUUUCUUAAUGUAAUUGGAAACAUUUUGCUGACUGUCAGUGGUCAGUACAGUAAAAGUUUUAUUUAUCAAAUGAUUGUUAAAUUUGAUCGCAGCAACGAGCUGUUAAAAUUAAUCGACUUGUUCAUUACUUAAUACCGAUUCUUUAAAUACUUGACUACUAAAAAAAUGUCGUUUUUGAUAUCGAUUAGAUAACACAUCAUUUAAUAAGUCGUAUGACUAAUGACUUACUAAGAAAAACACAUUUCUUUGUCAAAGAUCGAAUUUAUUCUUCACAAUCAUUCCAACGGUUCUCUAACUUCUCGAUGCCGUGUUCGUAGAAGGAUAUGUCCUUUACCUCAAAUUUGGCUUCGAACAACCAGUAAUCACUGGGGGCCUGAUCUGGACUAUACGGUGGAUGAGGAAGUAACUCGAACCAUCGACUUGAGAAACGGUGCAUAGUCUUGGUGAAAUAAUGUUUUUUUUUUCUUUGGAAUAUGAGAUCGUUUUUGAUUGAUUUUUGCAUUCAAACGAUCUAUCAACGCUAAGUAGUAUUUGCUAUUGAUUGUUUUUCCUUUCUCAAGACAGUCGCUGAAGAUUAUACCAUGAGUAUCCUAAAACACUGAAAUCAUAGCCUUCCCUACUAACUGUUGUGUCUUUGCAGUCCACUCAGAUGAUAAUUGUUUUGAUUCCAGACUGACGUGAUGGAUCCAUGUUUCAUUCAAUGUCACAUAUCGCCGCAAACAAAAAUCUGAUAUACUUUUAAACAUUGCCAAUCACUGCUCUGAAUCCUCAACACGUUGUGGAUUAGUUUUUUUUUAUGUUUUGUUGUUGAGUAACCACCUCAGUUAUACGACCAGAACGUGCACCGCAAAGCAAAGUCAUCGUAUUGUAUUCCUUUUGUGGAAUUUGGCCAUUCUGUUGUAACAGACUUCGCAACAGAUUCUUAGCGUACUGAUACGAUCCUACUUCCACUAAGAAUCCUUCCAGGUUGGGACUCGAACAUACGACAACUGGUUUGUAUGACCAGCGCCGUAUGCAUUGAGCCGCCAACCCGGGUCAGCAAACCAAUAACAAAUGUUUCUUUUCGAUGGAGCACAGUCCGAAUAAUACUCUUGAAGCCAUUGUUGAUCUUGUGCAGUAUUUUUUUCAUCAAGAAGUAAUGAGAAAUUAUCAUCCGGUUAAAAUGAAUCAUAUCAAAUGGUCCGAUUUGUUUGCUUCAUUUUAACCGGCAACUUACAGUAAAAAUAUCUAAAGUUCAGCACUUAAUUCAGUUCAGUGCUUUAGGUAUGGAACGCGUCGAUGCGAAGCUCGUACCGAAAGAACUGAUUUUUUUUUACAAUGAUUGUGACUGAAUUACUGGCCAAACACGAAACGAAAGUCAUCACUCAGCCACCGUACUGGUCAGAUUUGGCCUCCUGUAACUUUUUCCUAUUUUCAAAACUAAAAUAUCCACUCUGAGGAACGCGCCAUGACUGAAGGAACUGAAGGCCAUUCCUAUGGCAAGUGUAUGGAAAAUUGAAUUGACUUGUGAAAUGCCUGUAUUGGUUCAAAAGCAACCUAUUUUGAGGUUGCCUAUUAUUAAAGAAACGUACUAAAAUUUUAGAAAAAUGUUUUUUUAAAUUAUUCCGGGUCAAUUUUGAUCAUAUGCAUAUGAUUAUCACUGUGAUGGCAUAACUUUUUUAAUAUGAGGAAGGCAAAACAAUUUUCUAGCAAAAUUAUCUUGUGAGUUUGGUUUUACCGAAGUACAUAAAAUGAAAUUAUUUGACGAUUUUUGCAACCAAAAUUGAAAAACCGACAAAGUUGACAUAAAUUAUUCAAAAUUGUUUUAUUCUAAACAUUCGAAGAUUAAAUAUCCUUACAUCUAAGCGAAGCUGAGUUAGCAUAAUAUUUAUAAAAUUUAUUUAUAAAGAAACACACAAUGAUAGCAAAACAUUUCUUUAUGAGAACCAAACAAAAAUUUUGUCAAGCGCUCUCGUUGCUAUCCCGUAAAUUAAGGAUGGCGAUGGUUCACUAUUUCAGCCCUUGUCCAAUGAUUCGUCGUCAUCGUUGUUGCUCGAUACAUCGUUAUGAGGGUUUCCUGUAUUAUUACCGAAUAGGUUGUUCUUCCAGGCUUUGGAUUCGUUGUUAGAUGAAGAAGGCGUACUUAUUGUACAUUAGAUGCAGAUGACGGUUGCAUUGAUGAAUUGUUGCUCUGCCUCAAACGUACUUGGGUUGUUUAGAACCGGAGUAAAGGAGAUACUUCCUUUUCGAUGGAAAGAAUCUCUCCGUAAUGGUUUCAUCGAGAGCUUCUAUGGACAAAUCAUGUACACGGACUAUAUAUAGAACCUACUUUUUUAUAUUGAUGGUAACUAAAUUCUAGGUAUAUAAUACCGAUGUUCUGAAAAGGAAUACAAUACGUUUUGAUAGUUGCAGUAUUACAUCCCAGUUUUUGUUCGGGUGUUAAGUAUUCCACAUAGAGAGGACCUGGAGAAAAUUUUCUUCUGAAUAAGUAGUUGAGUAGUCUUAGUGGCAAACUAAUCGCUGUACCGAUGCACAUUUUUCACUGUAAUGCCAUAAUAGAAAAAAAGAAUAAAAUCUAUGUAUUCCCUUUCCCUUGCUAUGAUAUUCGAAUCAAAAAUCCAUCAACUGUCAUAGUCAUCAUAUCCCUCGUAACCCCACAACGUGAAACAUUCAGUCAUUUCUUUUCCGUGCUGACCUACAUAAUGAACACCACCAAAAUCUACCGAGGCAUUUUGACAUUGUGCCAAACCAGAACGUUAUUGUGAAACCAAAAGGAUCUGAGGCAAACCGUGAUCUAACAAAAAAAAAGAAUACGGUGCCGAAACAAGAGCACAGCAGUUAUGCAUGCAGACGCAGGUGUCCCUGUAUAUGUGUUUCUAUAGCACACAACAAAUCUACCAACCAAACAACCAACUAACCAACUAAACAAGGCCAGGCACAGUGAAACAAAGGUAGCACAGGGUGAGCGCGAAAGGGGCUUCAAUGUCACUAUGAUUUUCUUUCAGCUUUUAUGAUUUUUCUCUGUUUAUUCGUACAUAAAUUGUUGGUUAUUUGAUAGAACGAUUACUCGAUCUAAAAUAUUAUAGCUAGUACACACAUAUACUGUUAGUAACGUCAUCAGCCCUGCUGCUACCUUGGUACUUAGUUAUGAAAGGGAUAGCAGGAUCUUUUUUCAGGAUGAGAUUUUAUACACAAAAAAAACACAUUUUGGUAACGAAAGAGAACGCAAUCGAACGCGGGCGGUAUUCAUUGAUUGUUUAUAGGUACGGGCCAGCGCGCAGAUGGGUUGUAGUUGAACCCCCCGAACAGGCAACGACAGUGAGUGCGCUAUUCAAAUGGACCCCGUAGAGUUACAUACCCAAAAUGGAUAAACAAAACCCAGUGGAAGUAAUAGAAUGUUAUAUCGAUUAUACAUACCUAGAAGUAGAGCAACAAAGCCAGAGCCAGAAUGAGGUGUUUUUGUUUCUUACUGUUUAAAUUAUUUAUUUUGAACAAUGGAGACUUGAUGAGCAAGAAAGUUGUAAUGAUAAGUAUAUAAAUAAUUAAAUUAAAAAAAAAAAACAAAUGGAAACCACUCUGUAGAGAAGUAGUGAUCAACCUAGUAAUAAAUGAUUAUCAAUAAAA